AUGCCCUCAGAGAGAGCUUCGAUAAUGCAAGAGACCGAGAAAGAUAAUGAACAAAUUCUUAAUCCUCCCUAAGAUGAAACUGUUGCAAUUGUUGAUGAGUAAGAGUUAAAGCAAAUAAACUAAAUGAACGAGACAGAGUAAAACUUCAACUAAACUGAGGAUAUCUAAGAUAUAAAUGCAAUUUAUCAUACUGAGAACAUCCAACCUUAAAUAAUAGAUGAUCAAGCAAUAUAUUAGUAAUUAGACGAUCAUGACAUUGUUGAAUAAGAGUACAAUGCAGGUGAAUAGGAUAACUUUUUAUUGUCUUCACCAGAAUUUAACGAGGGUAGUCCUAUGACAAUGUAAAACUAGAAGCCUAGUAAAGAUAGAAGAAUUCAUAAGGAUGGCAGAUCUGGCUACAAAGGUGGUCAACUAAGGCUCGUCUAUCAAACAAAGAAAGAGAAAUAUAUACAAGAUGGCUCUGAGAUGAUUCAAGUUUAGAGAGAGGUAAAGCAGCAAGAGGAAAAAAUAAGAGCCUUAUAAACCAGAAUAAAGGCAUUAUAAAGAUAAGAGGAGAAGUCAACAAAGAGAGUCUAAGAGGUUUAAGUCAAACUAUCAGCAAAUUAAAAUACUAAUCAGACUCUUUCUGAGAUAAAAUCCAGAACUGCGUUACAUGAUGAUAAUAAGGGCGAAGAAGCUAAAAAAAAGAAGGAAAAGGUUAGUGAAAUGAGGCUCAAAUUAGCAGAGAGCAAAGAGAAGCUGAAGAAUGAUAUUAAGCUAAUUAAUAGUCUUAAGAGACAAACAUAUAUUACGAACCAAAUCGAAUUGGACUAGAAGAUGAGGGAGAAUCAAUUGCUAUUGAGAAUGGAGAAGGAACAAAAGAUCUAGGAGAUCAAAGCCUAGAAAGAAAGAGCUGCUUAAAAGAGAAAUUAACAAGAAAUCUAAUUCCUUGGUAGAAUCUAACACCAAUAUCACAAAGAAAAGGAUUAAAAAGUUAAAUAUAAGGAAGAACAAGAAGAAUUAAUUGCUAGACUUGAAUUGGAAGAAUCAAAAUUGCUUGAGAGUAUAAAAAACACUCAAAGUUUAGAAUAGCAGUUAUAGAUUCGGGAUUUCAACAAAGCAUUUGGUGCUGAUCAAAUGUCUCAGGUUAAUUACUCACCAAAUAGCUACAACAGAAACUAGGGAAUGAAUUCAUCCCAUCUGGGCAGAAUCUUCUAGACACCUAAAACACUGAAUGAUGCUAAUAAUAUUAAAAGCUUAAGAAGUAGUGGUGUAAGUACAGGAGGUAGCAUUAUUUAACCGAGAUAAAACAUAAAGAGUGCUAAAGCUUAACACUAGUAAACUGAUCAAGAAAAGGCACCCUUUUAUCAUAGAAGGGAAUCAGCCACAAGCAAUACUAAGACUGAAGCAAAAUCAACUAGAACUACUUUAACCAAUUAACCAAAGAGAUAGUAACCCACUAUUUCACUUCAAAGCUCUCCCUAACUUAUGAUUAAUAAGCCUUAAGCUAACAGUCAGUAGAAUUUGAUCAAGCCAAGAAACAAGACCUUACUAGCUUCUAGGUCUAUUGAAGAAAAUAAAACGAUGUUUACUUAGAGAAAUAUGCAUCAAUCACCUGACUAGCAAUCCAUCAGAAAGGCAGAUACCUCAAUAACUAAAGAUAAGAAUCCACUAUAUAAAACCAAUUGUGUAACAUCACCAAAAAGAAUAUAAUAUAACAGCAAGAUGGAUUUCAGUAGUCCAACUACAACUGGAGGUGGAUCUAAACCUAUUGGUAUUUAUAAGAAGCAUACUACCUUAAAGCCAAGACAACUGAUUGAUUCCAAGACUAUGCUAAGACAAUCUGAGCAAAAUGAGUAGAAAACUGACACAGCUGAGUCUGAGGUGAUGUUCGAAAAAAGAAGACUAAACAUAGAAACAAGAAGAAGAUCUAAUGGAUCGAGUAAAGCAUCAGUGAAAACUUAGCAGAUGCUAGAUAGUAUGCAUUAGAAUGUUGGUGGAGAUGCAAAGAUGUUCUAAUCAGCAGCCAGUGCUAAGACUAUUUCAUAAAAGAAAAAUGCCAAUAAUCCACAGAUGAGAGCAGUGGCUACUACUCUCGGCCUCAGAAAGAGUAAAGAUUACAGUCAACUGCAACAAAUUAAACCAAACAGAUAACAAAUUGAAUAAAUUCAAAUCUAAGCUUAAAGAUCUUAAUCUUUAACAAAGACAAAUAGACCUCAAACAAACACCAAAAUAGCAAGAAUUAACUAAGCCAAUACAAGAUAGAAUGAGAAUCAACUAGAUCUGAGCACUAAUUAAAAUGACAGCUCAUAAGUUUAAAAUCAAGAACAGCUAUUAAUGCAUGAGCAAAGAAACUCUUCCUAAGUUAACCUAAAAUCUGGUUAAAAUACAUAGUAGCUAGAAUAAAAUGAAAAAAAAUAUAACCUUAAGAAAACUAAGUAAAAUCUGUGA